GAAGAAGAGUUUUCACAGGUUUGACGUUUAUUUUUUUUAGCUGCUGUUUUUUUUUUUUUUCUUGGCCAAAAAAGUUGAGUUUUCUCGUAAACGAAGACAAUUUGGCUUGCAGCGCGCUCAACAACAUGAAUAGUGUACAUAACGCUUUUGUUGCUGCGCAAAAGCGUCGCUUGUCCGACUGCGAGCACAAGCAAGCGGACGCGCCCCAACCGCUGCCUCAGGAGCAGCCGGAGCCGAAACAACGGAAGACAGAACAACAGCAGCAGCCGCAGCAGCAGCAGCAGCAGCAGCAAGUGCAACAACAACAGCCACAAAAACAUUGUCUGCUGAGUUUUUGCAAUGAGCUGCUCUAUGAGAUAUUCAAGUAUUUGGACACAGCCUCCAUACUGGCGAUGAUGCUCUGCUCGCCGCACCUGGAAAGUUUCCUUCUGGAUCACCGCUUCUGGCACAAUAUUGAUCUCAGCAAUGCGCCGCUGCCGUUGGGCAUCCUGGAGGAGGUGCUCGGACGUGCCACAGAGAAGACGCACACCAUCAAGAUUCGUGGCCCACCCUCGUCGCAGCAUGUUGCCGGCGAGUUUAAGCAAUUCACCUGCACCCUGACCUCAGUGUUCCCCAAGGUGGCCACACAGCUUAAGGUUCUUGAAUUACAAGGCGUUAGUCUGGAUUUUGAAUACAUACAUAUAUCGGAGUUUCCUUCAUCACUAAAGCGGCUAAAACUUAAGGAUUGCAGCGUCAAGGUUGGAGAUCAUGUCAAAAGUAUAUUUCACACUAUAGAAAAGCAAUUGAUUCACUUGGAGGAUCUUAGCAUCGAGGAUAACAACUGGUUUGAGCCCUACUAUAUUAUGGCGUUAUCGAAGCUGCCGUCGUUGCGCCGGCUCAGCCUGAAGGGCUGCCAAAUGAUGUGCAAAUUUGUGCCCUACGGUAGCAUGGCAGCCCGCUUUGGUUUUCAAAACUUGGAGGUCCUUGAUUUGCGUUUGACGCCCAUUAACAACUCAGAUCUGCAGUGCUUUAGCGCCAUUGAGGGCUUGAAGGAGCUGCUGCUGGAAUCGCCCCCCAAUUUGCCUCAGGAACCGCCCUGUCCCACAAAAACAACAAAUGGCAAUGUGCCGGGUACCGAGGAGUCGCCUGUCCCAGUGCCAGAUCAACUGAAAAUGUUGAACGACGAUGAGCCGUCAACAUCGCGCGCAGCCAUGGAGCACUUACGUGCGUGCAAAAUAGCUGCCCAGAGUCAGGAUGCCAACGCAGAGGCACCCAAGCCAGCCAGCGAAACAUAUACUUCGGAUAACUGCAAUUUUAGAAAGGAUGCGAGCGAUGCGGCCAAGCCCUCCGGCAGCACAGCCAAGCGCAGUGGCUGUCUCUCAUCCGGCUCGGAUGAUGAGGACACCUCAUCCACGUCUGCGUCUUCCUCCGAUAAAUCAGAUAACGCUGCGGCGCACAGCACUGGACAUAGCUCCUCCGAUCCGGAUGGCAACGGGGGCAUACAGUCGCCCCUUGUAGUCAUCGCUUUGCCCAGUGUCGCGCGUCAUUCGCCAGCUCCCGCCGAAAAUCAACAGAGUGCUGAUGAAAAUCCUGAGCCUGCGGCAGCGGCAGCCGAUGCGGCAGUAGGUGCUGCAGCAGAUGGCGGCGUUGAGGCACCACGCGCUUACAUCUAUGUGCAGAACGGUCCACCGGUCGACGGACAGCGGCCACAGGUGAUGGCCUCGCUGAUCGAGCAGAUGGUGGAUCAGAUACACACGCUUCGUGGCAAUCAGCCGGCGCACAGCCGGUUCCUGAGGCGUCGCGAUCAGGUGAUCUAUAUGAAUCCACAGGCGAUUGCUGAGCCGCUGUUGGUCAUGCAGUCACGCCGCACACAUCGCAUCCAGCCACGCGGCAAUCUGGAGCAGGUUGUGCAGCAUCCGAUGUUCUGGAAUAUGCUCGAUCCCUUGGACAGGGACUAUUCCCGGCGGAUGCGCUGUCGACCGCCGGUCAGCCAGCUGCCGCCCCAAUGCUAUGUCUCGGAUCGAGCAAUGUAUAGCUUCGGGCGUGCCUAUCCCGUGCAAUCGGACGUCGUUUGGAUACGCAACUCAAAUCGUUCGUCCAACAAUCGACUCGAGCGGAUCGAGCUACGCAAUUAUCCGCACAUCACAAACUAUACGCUGGAGCAUCUGGUGCAAUGCUCGCCAAAUCUCGUCUACAUCGAUGUGAGCGGCACGAGCGUAACCUCAUUGGGCCUGCGCAAGUUCAAGAAGCUCAAGCCCGAGUGUGAGGUAGUUGCAACACAUUUAAGCAUGGACGAGCAGCCGGAGCAGGGCGAGACGGAACUCCUUGUGCAAGUGCAGCCGGAGAACGAAGAGCAGCAGCAGCAGCAGCAGCAGCCACCACAGGACGAAAACUUGGACGAAGUUGCAGCUGAAGCCGGAGCCGACGCUGAAGCAGAACCUGAACCCCAACUGGACGCGCCUUAA